GGCUUCGAAUGGUAUUGUACCAUUCUUACUGUACCUUCUUUCCUCGCGGGGCGUGCUUUGAUAACAGGCUAGAGUAGACCUUUGUGGUACGCGAUCCCCUCUGCGGGGUUACAUGUCCAGCACUGCACAGGGGGAGAUGAGGCGGGCGCAGACGUCGUCAAGCGGCAACCAUCAGACUCGGCAGCGCUAGCUGCUGCAGCCACCUGGCGUGUCACUCUUCAGUACCCAUUCAAGAUGUCAGCCGCCGCCAAUUGCAUUUCGUCUCCGCGAAAAUCGCAGAAGCAGCCCUCUUCAUCCGGAAACAUUAGCUCGCCCUCAUACAAGACACUAGCCGAGCGGGCGCGACUGCGUACUCAACCAGUAUUGCGUGCUUCCAGCAGCGGUAGUGGGAAUUCUGCGUCCAUCCCACCCAUAAGCGACGUCGCGAACGUUAAGUUGUCCAGGACAGCCCCUGGCGGCAUCUUCUCUUCCAUCGAUCAAGUCAUCGAUGUCGACGCGCUGGACGAUGACUUUGAGACAACUGCGGAUCGCAAAGUGCGCGAGGCGCGCGAACGCGGAUCGAGUGUCAUUGCUGCAACCCCCAGCCUGUCGAGUGGCAGCAGUGGCAGUGUGCAGCGUCCAAGCGUUAGGUUGAGCAAGCUGGGCGAGCGCAGAGGUGGCAAUGAAUCAAGUCCAGCCAAAAAGUCUGGCGGCGUGUCCAUGCUCGUUGGGGCUGGAGGUGCACGUGUACCCACACAGCUGCUCAAUCGCCCCAAAGCGCGUAUCGUCACGCUGUCUGAUAGCGACUCAGAUGAGGGAUUGAGUAGCAAGAAGGCUAAAAAACAGAGUUACGAGCAGGCUAAGACCAAUGAUCGUCAGCAGCAAAAGAUUGAGAAGCCAUCCUACAGAGAGGAAGGUGACAGGAAUCCAGGAAGAAAUGCGCAAUUCAACUCUCCUGCUCCCCCACCAGCGCCACCACAAUCUGCAUACGGCGCUGUAGCUGCUGCGCAACAAGAAACGCUUGCGAAUGGCCAAGCGGAUGCCAGAAGCAGCAGACAGCCCCUGGCAGCGCCUUUGUUGCCAGCACCAGCACCUGCGGCGCUGCAAACUCCGUUAGACCCGCUCUGCAUCGGCAUGAUUUCAGUGCCUAUCCUCUGCCUCUCGGGUGUGCCCGCCUCCCUGCAGUACGAACCAACGAUCGAAGGUCAAGGCCACAAGGAGCUGGAGGACAUCGAUCCCAUCUAUGAUAAGAGUCGUUGGCCAAGCCAGACGAGCUUCUGGGCCGAAAAGGGCUACCGCCCAGCCGUGCUGGAGCUCGUACCGAACGCGACGUACAAUGCCAUCCUGCAGGACGAACAGACCCGAGGAAGCGUCAACAUGCUCGCCUCCAAAGCCCGCGCACAGGAGAUCAAGGUCGCACUCGUCGUCCCGCCCGCGCUCCGAUCUGAGGCACAGGCAGGCAGUGGCGUAAUCGUAAAGGAGCACAACUUUGGGGUCAUUGCAGAAAAAUACUGCUCCAUCCUGGACCCCCUGCUGCGUGCCGGGCAGCUCAAAGUAGAGAGUCGAGUCCCACUGAUCCAACGCAGUCGAUCUGGUAACUACAUGCAUACGAUCGAUAUGCUCGCCUUCUGCUCUCGCAAGGACAAGGACAUAAUCUCGACGUCGUUCAUACUUGGCGGCAUCGUGCUCAGCCCCGUCGACUCAUUCAACGCCGCGGACUACCCUGGCAGACCGACGUACGACAACCCGCAUGCUCUCGCAUAUCCGACGCUCUUCAACACUGGUAUCCGCCGUGCGCCCGGCGCCACUGGGAGCGCGGGCGAAUUCGGAACGAUUGACAAGCGCGACCGUGACCUGACCGAGGACGAGAAGAAGGAGCAGGUCAACUCAGUCUACUCGUCGCUGACGCACGCAGAGGAUGUCGAGGAAGUUGCGCAGUCACCGCUGAUCAAGACGCCGCUAUUCCCGCACCAGCGCAAGGCGCUCGCGUUCCUGUUGAUGCGCGAAAAGGAGCGCUCGUUUGAAGCGGUGAUGCGCAAGAUGAGGGAGAAGGAAGACCAGAUUAAACAACUGGGCAAGGAGCAACUCAAGCGCGAGAGGGAGCGCAAAGCGCGCAAGGAGCGCGGAGAAGAUGUCACCGACGACGAGACUGUUGCAGCUCAGGAGCAAGCGUGCCUGAAAGAGCCACAGCGCGACAUUCGAUUUGCUGAUGCCGAGGACAAGGCCGAGGAGGACGGGGGGACGGUCUCGCUGUGGAAGCCGAUCAAGAACACCGUCGGAGGCAUCAAGGCGUAUCUCAACGUCGUCACGCGCUCCCAGGUCCGCGAGCGCCCCGAAGUGUGCCGCGGCGCGAUCCUUGCGGACGACAUGGGCCUUGGCAAGACGAUCAGCAUCAUCGCGCUCCUCGCACACACGCGCGAAGAUGCUAUCUCAUUUGCCAGCAAACGCCCAACAGGCAAGUCCGACCCUGCACUCCCGUUCGUACGCUCAUCAGCCGUAUCGCUGAUCGCACUGAGCGACAGCACCUCGUCGGACUCGGAGCCUGAAUUUGGCGGCAUCGGCCUCCCACGCAGGGGAAAGAAGGGCAAGGGGAAGUCAGCAGUGGGAAAGGGCAAGGAGAGGAGGAGCUCGGUGGCCAAGGGCAUUGAUGGCACCGCCGAUGCUGGGGCCAAAAAGUUCAACGACACCUUGUGCUUUGCUCCCACCACCUCGCCGCGCAAGAAAACAAGACAGGAGAAGGCCAAGGAGCAGGAGGCCAUUCGUCUUGCAAACCUUGACGUCCGCAGUCGAGCGACACUCAUCAUUUGUCCUAUGUCUAUCAUCUCGAAUUGGGAAGAACAAGUGAAAGAGCACUGGGGUUAUCUGAAGCGACCCAAGAUCUACAUCUAUCACGGCGCGCAACGGUCAAAAGAGCCAGGAUUCAUCGCGAACCACGACGUCGUCCUCACAACUUAUUCGACUCUGGCCAUCGAGUUCUCUAACCAGACGAUCUGGGCGGACCAUUCUGUCAAGGAGCACGAUUGCAGCGACUCUGAGUUUGAGCGGUUCGCCAGCGACUCGGACAAGUCUGAUCACGAAAUGCCCACGUACGAUGCUGAGGGAAAACCUGUCGAAAGUACGACACAUCGCAAGCGCAAGAAGAGGGCUAAGAAGAAGGUCAUCUCCAAGUCGGGCGAUUCACCCAACCCGCUGCAACGCAUCGAAUGGUUCCGAAUCGUGCUCGACGAGGCCCACAUAAUCAAAGACUCAAAGACGUGGCAGUCUAAAGCAGUUUGCAAUCUCUCUGCCCAACGCCGCACGGCACUCACGGGUACGCCGGUGCAGAAUCGCGUCGACGAUCUGUAUGCCCUUGUGCGGUUCCUGCGCCUAGAUCCCUUCGCGGACCGUGCCAACUGGAACUACUGGUGCAAUAUGUCUCGUCAAGGUUUGACGCUCAAGACUGCCAAGCACGGCAGUGUGCCGCUCGAUACGGUGUCUCUUGCACGCGUGCAAACCAUUAUGAAAUUUCUCACUUUGCGGCGUACCAAGGAGACCAAGGAUCCUCAUGGCAAGCCGAUAUUGCAGCUUCCCCCUAAGUACCAGCGCACAGUCGUCCUGGACUUUGGCGAUGUCGAAAAAGCGCGCUACAAUGCCAUGCACCAAAUGUAUCGCGAGGACUUUGAGGAGAUGCUUCGUGGAGACACGGUCCAGCAAAACUACGCGACGAUUCUCGUCGAAAUCCUCUACUUGCGCAUGACCUGCGACCAUCCAGACAUGGUCGACAUGGGCAAGGACAUACGCAGAUCUAAAGAUGGCGACUACAAUGUGCAGGUAGCCAUCGCCGAAGAUGGCAUCACGCGUGAGCGAGCGACGCGUUUCUUCCGCAUUCUGCGCGAUAAUGGCGCAAGCGAGUGCGGCCUUUGCAAUCGUGAGAUCACCAUGGGCCUCGACGCUGCGCCGGAUGAGCUGGACGACUUUGGAGGUGGAAGCGCAGGUAAGGGCAGAGGCAAAGGCAAGGCGCAGCCAAAAACCGGCGACGACGAGGAAGCAGAGCUCAAGGCUGUUGUCACCAAGUGCCAGCAUCUGUCCUGCUCUGAGUGCUUUGCGAACUACGCGCCCGCUGACAGCGGCUGGCCUCGACCAUGUGCGAACGCGCCCGGAGGCAUGUGUCCGGAAUGUGCGCAGCCCUUGUCGCUUUUGCUGGAAGUUGUGCAGCUCGAGCGAACCGACUUUGAAGAGCUCGAUCGCAACGCAGACCUUGAUUCGCUCCCUGACGAGUCGCGCCAGCUCGAUGACGAUGACGACUUCAAGCCAGACCGCAAGAAGCACGGCAGGUUGGCCGAAGAAGCGGCCAAGUUCCGGAAACAGACGCUGAAUGAGGCUCUAAAGGCACGACCGGACUUGAGUACAAAGAUCCACGCGCUCGUCACGGACUUGCUUCAAUUCUCUGUCUGCAAUCCGCAUUCCAAGCUGUAUGAUCCCCACGCGCCGAGACUCGACCACAGGGCCCUGACUGAGGAAGAAAUUGCUAUCGAAAUGGCUGCUGCGAAGGCAGCAAUAGCCGUCAAGAGUGACAAGGGGCCGCUCAACAUUAGCACAAGCGGCAUGCAAAGUGCGGGCUCGUCAAAUCAGGUGCGCGGUACAAUUGAAGCUGCGGCUCCCAAAGGCACCGAGGUGCACAAGGGUGACCAUCCUGCGCCCAAAAUGCCCCCCGUGGAGACUGUCAAAGUGGUAGAAUGGCUGCCGAAAGUCAAUCUAGACGGCAGCAUCACGCAGUACCGACCUAUCAAAUCGAUCGUGUUCUCACAGUGGACAAGAAUGCUGGAUAAGGUCCAGAAGUGCUUGAUCAAGACGGGCAUCCGAUGCGUCCGUCUGGAUGGCACGAUGACAAGAGGUGAUCGUCUGGCUACACUUAAUGCUUUCAAGAGUGAUGAGGGCAUCGAGGUCAUGCUCAUCUCCCUCAAAGCCGGUGGUUUUGGUUUAAACCUCGUCCAAGCAGCCAGAGCAUACCUCGUAGAUCCUUAUUGGAAUCCGGGAGUGGAGAUGCAGGGUCUCGAUCGCAUUCAUCGACUAGGUCAGACGCGUCCCGUGAUCACGACCAAGUUCAUCAUGUCGCAUUCAAUCGAGGAGAACCUGCUGGAACUUCAAGCGAGAAAGAUGCAGAUGGCCGAGAGCGUCGGUCAGAAACGACAGGUGUCGCCACAACAACGCAGGAACCAACGACAGCAUGAUUUGCAGACGCUGUUCCGUAUGCGUUCUCCAGAUGCGCCCGCGGCGUAGACUGUAGAGAUGUCAACGACCCGAAAGCAUCCCCAUCAUUUCUGUCGUGCCGCUCGAUGCAAAGCACAUACUUGUACAAUCAUACCCAUAAUUAUAGACAUGUUCGAC